GGGGAUUUUUCCCCCUUAUCUUUUCUUUUUUUCUUUUUAUAUUUACCUUGGUUUAAUGUGCAUGUACUUUGGCAAUGGAGUCUUGUGAAAAUUAUUCAGUGGUAUUCAGCGUCGCCUUCCAAGGACAAUCAAUGAGGGAGCUGAGAGGAGAUCUUUUCCAAGCUGACUGGAUGUGUGCACCUGCUUGACUGACUGGGCCUUACCCCUUGAACCAGUUUCACUAAAUGCUGCUUCUCUCUGGGAUUAAUAGGGGCCAUUUUGUCAGAUCAGUUCAUGCUCCACUUUACUUUUAAGAGAGAAAUAGCUGAAAAUGUUGUGCAGUGAUCUUAGUGGGAAACAUGAGUGAAUGGUGCUGGGGUUUUGCUUCAAAAUAAAGGAUUAUACUAAGGACAACUCAGAGCUAAUGAGCACCAUCCUGCACUGUCGAUGGCAAACAGAUGCAGAGUCUUGCUCAAACCAGGGUAGGGCUACUGUUCUCCGUUCCCCAGCCGAAUCCCCACGCGAUGUUGAAUUAUGAACGCGCCACAUCAUGAGUCUCUUGUGGCAGGUAACUGUGCACCGUGCCUGGAACGCAGCCCUGCUCUGUGCAGUCUACCUCAUGGUGCGAUCGUGGAGUGUGUGCGCCAACCCCUCCGGACCACUGACCUGCCCUGCUGUUUGCUCCUGUGGUAACCAGUUCGUUAAGGUCGUGUGCACCAGGCGUGGCCUGGUUCGAGUGCCCCCUGGCAUCCCUGCCACCACACGCCAUUUAAACCUGAUGGAGAACAGCAUAGAGACAAUUGAAGCUGGAACAUUUCAACACCUCCGUCACCUGGAGGUACUGCAACUGGGUAGGAACUCUAUUCGGCAGAUUGAGGUGGGGGCCUUCAGCGGCCUCAACAGCCUCAACACACUGGAGCUGUUCGACAACCGUUUGACGGUGAUCCCAAGUGGCGCUUUUGAGUACUUGUCUAAACUGCGGGAAUUAUGGCUCAGGAACAACCCUAUCGAAAGCAUACCUUCCUACGCAUUUAACCGCGUUCCCUCUUUGAUGCGUCUGGAUCUGGGAGAGUUAAAGAAGCUGGAGUAUAUUUCUGAGGGUGCUUUUGAGGGAUUAUACAACUUGAAAUACUUAAACCUUGGAAUGUGUAACCUGCGGGAGAUGCCAGUCCUGACCCCUUUGGUUGGACUGGAGGAGCUAGAAAUGUCUGAGAACUACUUUCCAGAGAUAAAACCUGGAUCCUUCAGGGGUUUGAAAUCCCUGAAAAAGCUGUGGAUUAUGAACUCUCGGAUCACCACUAUAGAAAGAAAUGCAUUUGAUGAUGUCACGGCCUUGGUUGAGCUCAACCUGGCCCAUAAUAACCUUAGCUCUUUGCCGCAUGACCUUUUUGCGCCCUUGAGUUACCUGGUGGAGCUCCAUUUGCACCACAACCCUUGGCGGUGUGACUGUGAUGUUGUGUGGCUGGCUUGGUGGCUGAGGGAGUACAUUCCCACUAAUUCCACCUGCUGUGGCCGCUGCCACACCCCUGCUUACCUACGUGGACGCUACCUGGUGGAGGUGGACCAGAGCACUUUCCAGUGCUCAGCACCUUUCAUACUGGAUGCCCCAAGGGAUCUUAAUAUCUCUGCUGAACGUGUAGCUGAGCUAAAAUGUCGUACGGCCCCCAUGUCAUCAGUUAGAUGGCUUCUGCCAAAUGGAACAGUUUUGACCCAUGGCUCUAAUCACCCACGGAUAUCAGUGCUCAAUGAUGGAACACUAAACUUCUCCAAUGUGCUGCCAGCAGAUACAGGUGUGUACACCUGCAUGGUGACCAACAUGGCUGGAAACUCCAAUGCUUCGGCCUACCUGAAUGUGACUGCGGCUGAGCUCAACACUUCUAACCUGAGUUACUUCACUACGGUGACAGUAGAGGAAGUAGAGCCCACCUCACAGGAAGUGAUCAAGCCAAAGACGGUAACCGCCUCUCCCUCCGUCUUUCAGCCAGUUUUUAUCUCUACACCGACAGUUUUACUUCAAACACCUCGACAGGUCUCUGUACCGACGGUGCGUGGAACGACGCGCCCACCUGCCAGUCUUGACGAGGUUAUGAAGACAACCAAGAUCAUCAUAGGCUGCUUUGUGGCAGUCACCUUGCUCGCUGCCGUUAUGCUUAUUGCUUUCUACAAGCUGCGUAAACGGCACCAGCAAAAGAGCGCAGUGGGAGCUGCUAGGACUACAGAGGUCAUUCAGAUGGGGGAGAAUGUUCCUACCACCCAUGCAGGGACAAGUAUACCAGGUGAAAGUGGGAUGAUGUUACCUAGCCUGAGAGAUCACAACAGCACCUACAAACCCAGCUACAGCUCCUACAGACCAGCACACUCUGCUCCUUGGGCAGAAAACAACAUCGGGAACUCCCUGCACCAUCCCCGCCCCACCAUCAUCAGCACCAUCCACCAACCUGAAUCCUACAUGUUCAAAACUCACAAAAAUGAGAAGGUACAGGAAACACAGAUAUAACAUUCCUACAGCCUUCUCCUUCUCUGUCUUUUAUUCUGUUCAUCAUGAAAACAUGCAAUAGAAUGCACAACAGAAAAGACAGCAAUUACUUUUGUACCCAGUGCAAAAAGGGACUGUUUUUCUUGUACAUGCGUAUACAUAAAUAUAUUAAUAUAAAUAUAUAAAUGAAUCCACUAUGGGAUGAGACAAGAAACAGAUUAUACAAAAGUGAAAAUGAAUUUAAACUAUUUUCUAACUUGUAACUCUUAUUUAAGAUGGGAAAAUGUGAUGAUGCUGAUACGACAUUGCAAACGGAGACAGAUUUGUUUGAAAAGGGGCAACCUGUGAUUUUUAGACCAUGCUGUACAUGAUGCAGUAAAGUCCCAUUUAUACAGAGAACUUUCUAAGUAACUGUCCACUGAUUGAUCUUUAAAGGCUUAUCUUCUAAAAGCACCAAGAAUUUGUAUUGUGCCAAAUGUUAUACUUGCAAUAAAUGAGACUGGCUUAAGAGAUAGGAAACAAAACAUAGCAAAACACAGGACGGACACCGAGAGAGAAUGGAGCAGUUGGAUUCACAGAGUUGCUGUUCUGCAGCUCCCAGCCAAAUGUUUUUUUUUUUUUUUUUUUUUUUUUUUGGCUGCACCAUAGUUUUGCAGCAAGCAUUUAACGAUAUGUUUCCAGAACAGACAUCCUGCUUGCUUUUUGAGUUUAACCUUCUGACUAUUACUCUAAUAUUAUUCUUGAUUUUUGACAAAUUCGAUUGACUAUCCUUUGGUUUUUUCAUCCAGUUUCAUGAGUUGGAUUUUGAUUGCUUUUCCUGUUUCUUUCAGAUCAUUUACUGCGUUAAGUUUGAUUUAAAUGGCUUUUAGGGCUAAUUUAGUAAAUGCAUUACAACAGUUGCCUCAGAUUAGUAGUGCAAGGGCUCAACUGGAUGUUAGUUUGCGAGACUUACAAGACGGUUGCAGUGACUGGAUGGUUUGCUGCAGGUAUACAUUAACAUGGUUUCAGAUUUUCUUUAUUGAGAAAGAGAUUAAAAUGAAUGUGUGAAGUAUGGACUUUCCUUUAUGGAGAUCGUUCCAACAGCAAUUUUCUUUUGUCCUUAUUUUAAGCAAUGCUAUUUUUAUGAGGAGUCUACAGAGGUUACAACAAUAAAAAAGAAAACAUUUGGUUUGUAUUUCUCUAAACUAAA